AUGGCUCAUCUGCAGAGCCCCUCAGUCCUCAUCGUCGGCGCCGGCUCAGUGGGGCUCGUCACGGGCUACUAUUUAAGCCUUGCCGGCGCCCAGGUCACGUACCUUGUUCGCCCAAAGCGCGCCGAGGUGCUCAAACGGACUCAGUUCCUAUACUCGUUUGACAAGAAUCAUCUCCACGAAUUCAAGAGCUACUCUUAUUUGACAAGCCCAUCCACGAUACUCUCCUCAACCUACGAUUACAUACUUGUUACACUGGAUGGAAAGUCCGUGCAAAGCGAAGAGGGUGAAACCCUUGUCAAGAUAAUUGGCCAGGCAGCCCGUGAUAAAACUACUAAAGUCAUUAUUGGUAGCGUUUUCUUAGGCGCCAGAGAUUGGUUUCUAGAGAAAUCUGGUCUACCAGGUGAUCAGGUUACCAGCGGUGGCCUAGGCUUCCCAGCAUACUCUGGCAAGACCACGAACCUCCCUGUCCAUCCCCCGGCUGAUGUUGAUUUGGUAAAGAAAUCCGAUGUGGCAUAUAUGGAUAACAUCGGUAAUGGUUUUAUCCUGGAUGAUUACGUUCCCUCGAUUUCGAGCAGCUUUUCUGAGCUUUAUAAUGCUUGCGGAGUCUCCAAUUGCGUUGUAUGGUCACCGGCACAGUCUGCUCUUACCAUAUUUCCCCUAUUUGCCGUUUUCAUCGGGCUAGAACUUCUGGGUUGGCCCAAGACUGAAGACAUCGAUACUGAAUCAGAAGUGUGGAAGUUGACGACAGCGGCAGCAAAGGAGAUCCAGACACUUGAUAUAUGUGGAGAGGCAGGGACUCAGGCGGCCCUCGCUACGACGGAGAGUACGUUUGUCCAGAUGUCUGCAUAUCUCGACGAGAAGCUUCGCCCUUUAGAUUACCACGCUUUCAACCGAUAUCAUCAUGGAGGAAAGGUUAUAGAGCAGGAUCGUAUGCACAUUGAGCGCUGUAUCUCGCAGGGAGUUACUGAAGGCAAGCCAAUGUCUGCACUUAAGACUCUCCUACAACGUAUCAACCACUGA